AUGGUUCUUUACCCAUUCCAGAAGCUAUGCUGCGUCCAGCCGGUCGACGGCCAACAACCGUUCCUGCUGGCAGCUUCUGGCCCAGUCGUUAAUUCUCUUGACUUGAAAGAUGGAACGUUAUUGAGCGAAUGGCGGCCGUUCGACGAGGAGGAAGAGGAGUACGACGAGGCCAGGACCAACGGCGAGGAAGCUAGGCCACCAAAAAGGCGAAAAAUAGGCGAUGGACCUCGUGGAGAACCCUCCCACCUGGAAUCCGAAGACUCGAUUGAAAUCAUAUCGGAGAGAAAGAAGGGUGAGCGACGGAAGCCCAAGGUAGAAAAUACUACCCUGCCGAACAUCUCUCAUAUCAUCGCAACCAGUGACGGAAAGACGGCCAUCUGCGUCACAGCCGAGGACAAAUCAGUCAUCGUGUUCGAUGUACUGACGAGAGGCGUCUUGCACUUCAAAAGUCGGAGGUCAAUGCCAAAGCGCACUUGUGCAAUAGUCCUAACGCCAGAUGAGAAGAGUCUCCUCGUCGGUGAUAAAUUCGGCGAUGUCUAUUUGUUGCCCCUACAUCCUACUCCCGGGUGGACGCCACAGAAGCCUGUUUCGGACCAGCAACAAGUGACUUUUUCCCCUUCUGCUUCAGAGUUGACAGUACAUACAAAGGGUAACCUGGAAGCACUGAGGCAACAGCGUCAGCAAAAGGCGGCGCAACGCAGGAAGGAGGGUCCCCAGUUCGAAUGCAAGUUGCUGCUGGGCCAUGUGUCACUCCUGACCGACGUCGCCAUCACCGAAGUCCAGACCGGCCCCAAGCGUCGCCAAUACAUUUUGACCUCAGAUCGAGAUGAGCACGUUCGCGUGUCCCGGGGAGUAACACAAGCUCAUAUCAUCGAGAACUAUUGCUUCGGCCAUCGUGAGUUUGUGAGCAAGCUGUGUAUCGUGCCAUGGAAUCCGGAAAUACUGGUGACGGGGAGCGGUGAGCCUUCUCUGAAGGUUUACAAUUGGCAGACCGGGAAAAUGCUCGAUCAGGAGCUCUUCCAAGGCGACGUUGGGACAGAUAUUGUCAACUGCCUCGACUCGGAAUCCGGUGCACGUUCGCUAGAAAACUUGGCAGUGUCCAAUAUUUGGCCCGUUCAUUACACCGUCUCGGGCAAUUCACCACGUUCACGCCAUCCUCCGCACUUACUCUUGGUUGCACUUGAAGGGCUCCCGAUGCUGCUGAGCUAUAGCAUCAACCAAGACGGUCACUUGAAGCACCAUCAGACCCUGACGUUAGGAGGGAACGUGUUGGACGUGACCGUCGGCCCGGCGAUGUGGGCAAUUGUUGUCAGCAUUGAUACAAUACAUAAACCUGGUUCCAUCCAGGUCUUGAGACCUGAGGAGACUCCAGCAGCAGAGGCCUUUGAGACAUUUGAACUGUUUUCGAACCUAACUAUUGACGACAUCAGCACAAGCAACAACCUGCUUGGGGGCUCCAAUGGGUCUGAGGCGGAGCUGAGAUGGGAGACAUCAAGCCUGGCGAUGCUUUUGAAUUCGUCUGCCCCAGACUGUGGUAGGGGUACGCUACCGUCAGAAGGUCAGACAAAGGACAAGGGGGCAUAUAGCGCUGCUGGAGAGAUGCUAUAUGGCCUGGAGAAUCUCCGGAAGAAAAGGGGCCAAGCUGAGGCGGAUGCUGAGGAGGAAGACGGAGGAGGUGCUGAAGGUGUUCCCGCCGAUGCAGUAGGGAUGUCGUGA